AUGAUUCUUGUUCUUCUUGUCAUCCUUCUGGCGGCGCUGGCGCUGGUCGCCCGCGCCGACAACUGCCCGCCCAUAACGCCCGACCCGACUCUGCAUCCAAAUUUCACGAUCCAAGCGCCAGCAUUCGCGUGGAAUCAAGACAAGGUCCGAGGUGUCACGCUCGGAGGAUGGCUCGUGCUUGAGCCCUGGAUCACCCCCUCCCUCUUUGCCUCCAAGCCCGACUGGGCGGUCGACGAGUGGACGUACGGCCAGUACUGGAGCAACCACUCGUGCCCUGCCGCGGAGAUCGCGGUGCACUGGAAGGGGUUUUACACGGCCGCCGAUUUCCAGAGUAUCGCCGGCGUCGGGCUGAACACGGUGCGGAUCCCCAUAGGGUUCUGGUCCCUCGUCCCGCUCGCAAACGGCGAGCCGUACCUCGUCGGCGCGUUCGAGUACCUCAAGCAAGCAGUGACGUGGGCCGCGGCGUCCAACCUCAAGGUCAUGGUCGACCUGUACGGCGCGCCGGGGUCGCAGAACGGGCUCGACUCGUCCGGCCGCCGCGGCACAGCGGAAUGGUACGCGAACUGGACGAACGCUGACCGCGCGACCGCGGCGGUCGUAGCCGUGGCGACAGAGUUCGCCAAGCCGCAGUACGGCGGCGCAGUGGCGACCAUCGGGCUGCUCCACUCCCCCCAGCCCAACGCAGCGUGGCAGCUCGAGUGGCUCAGGGGAUACUACAACCAGACAUACUUUGCCGUGCGCAACGUCAGCUCUGUUACCCUGCUGCUCGGGUCGGCGGGGCCGCUCGGCAGCUGGAGCGGGUUCAUGCAGCCGCCGCAGUAUCAGGGGGUGGGCAUCAGCGAGCCCAUCCUGCCAAUGUUCGACGCCACAACGCUCCAAUACGGCGCGACUGACAACCUGCGCUGGACGUGCGGGUGGAACGACACGCUCACACGCUCAAACCACAACCUGUGGACCGUGGCCGAGAUGACGGCGGCCACGACCGACUGCGCGGCCUGGCUGAACGGCCGCGGCGUCGGCGCGCGGUACGACAACGCGUCGGCUGUGCGGUAUCCUGGCUCGUGUGCAGACAAGAGCGGGAACAACCCCGGUGCGUUUGGCGCAGAGUAUACCCGCCAGAUGGGGGUCGGGUUCGAGACGCAGACAUACGUGUAUGAGGCGGCAGGGUCCGGCUGGACGUUCUGCUGUUGGAACACCGAGGCCGCGGCCGACUGGUCCUUCUCCCUCGGGCUGGUGUACGGCUGGAUCCCAGUACCGAUUACAGCGAAGCACACGAAACCGUGCAACUUUAGCUCGUAUAUCGAGACUGGCGCCGCGGGGCGCCGCGCCGUGCCCGCUGGGGUCGUCACUGCGCUCGCCGCGGCCGCCUGGCUCGUCAGCAUCCUCUAG